AUGCCUCUGUCGCCUGAUCGAGUCAAAAAUCACUCCAAACACCGUUUUACCCUCAAUACCAAUCUCUUUGUUGUUUUGCUUGCGUUCAAGCCACACCGAGAAAAGAAUCCAUCGUCACGCACGGUCCCAAGAAUGUGCUAUCAAGUCGUCGAACGCUACUCGGUUUGCCGAUGUCUAUACUACAAACACGCCAUCGAUCCGUGUGUUGCUCAUGGCCAGCGAGGGCAUAUGGUCCAGGAAAAGACGGUUCUUGUAGGCUAUGCUUGCAAUACACAUAGUAGCCACCGACCCAACAUCGUUUACCAUGCUGCUGUUCAUCCAGAUUCUGGCUACGGAAGCAGUUCAUGUUCUUUUGGUCCGUUACGAUGA